AUGACCUCGAAUUUGACGACUUCGACGACUUUGAGUUCGACGACCAUUCAACUCGACGACCUCGAAUUCGAAGACCUCCACUUCGAUGGCUUUGACUUAGACGACCUGGAGUUCGACGACCCCCAAUUCGACGACCUCGAGCUCAAAGAUCUCGAGUUUAAAGACCUCGAGAUCGGCGAUCAUAAAUUCGACGACCCCGAGUUCGACGACCUUGACUUCGACAACUUCGACAACUUCGACGACCUUGACUUCGUUAACUUCGACGUCCACCAGUUCUUCAGUGAUCUAGGUGCAGUGGAGUCAUCGUAA